CUUGCAUGAACGUUUAGUUUACCAACAGUCGGUUGUGUUGUUUCAUUAAUCUAUAUAUAUAUGCAACCUCUGUUAAAAUAAGGAAGUUGAAAAUAAGUUGCCUAUUUUUUAACAUGGCUGUUAUUCUUGAGACCUCAGUAGGGGACCUAACAAUUGAUCUUUAUACUGAAGAAAGACCUAGAAGUUGCUUAAAUUUCUUGAAGUUAUGCAAGAUAAAAUACUACAACUUUUCCUUAUUCCAUUCAAUUCAGAGAAAUUUAGUUGCACAGACUGGAGACCCCACUGGGAGUGGGAGGGGAGGGGCUGCCAUCUUUGAGAAACUCUAUGGAGAACAAGCCAGGUUUUUUGAAAGAGAAGUAAAGCCCAUACUCAAGCACAAAAAGAUGGGCACAGUUUCAAUGGUUAAUAAUGGCAAUGACAUGCAUGGAUCUCAGUUUUUCAUAACAACUGGAGAUAAUUUAGACUAUUUGGAUGGCGUGCAUACAGUGUUUGGUGAGGUGUCAGAGGGUUUUGAUACCCUCAGUAAGAUAAAUGAGGCUCACUGUGAUCAAGAGAACCGUCCAUUCCAAGAUAUAAGGAUACUGCACACAAUAAUCCUAGAUGACCCUUAUCCUGACCCACCAGGGUUGGAAAUUCCAGAAAGAUCUCCUGAACCAAGCAAAGAAAUGUUGGAUAGUGGUCGCAUAGGGUUUGAUGAAGAAAUAGAUGACACCAAAGGGAAAUCAAUGGCAGAGAUUGAAGAAAUGAUGAAAGAGAGAGAAGCUAAAGCAAAUGCACAGAUCCUAGAAAUGGUUGGAGAUCUUCCAGAUGUAGAUGUUAAGCCAGAAGAUAAUGUGUUAUUUGUUUGUAAACUCAACCCUGUAACAACUGGAGAGGACUUGGAAAUUAUUUUUUCAAGAUUUGGAAACAUAUUAAGUUGUGAAGUCAUCAAAGAUCAGAAGACAGGUAAUUCCUUGCAAUAUGCAUUUAUUGAAUUUGAAAAGGCUAGCGAGUGUGAGAAUGCAUAUUUUAAGAUGGACAAUGUAUUGAUUGAUGAUCGAAGGAUACAUGUUGACUUCAGCCAGUCUGUAGCUAAGAUUAAGUGGAGAGGAAAAGGAAAAGGAGUUGAACAUGUUAAUGAAACCCGUCAAAAAAGUCCACCAACAUACGUGUUGAAAAACCAAGAAAGAAAAGACAACAGGUAUGAUUUUGUAUAUUCUGAUGAAGAAGUUGAAGACUCGAAGAAAAAUAAGAAGCACAAAAAGGACAAAGAUCGCAGGUCUAGAUCCAGGGAGAGAGAUAGAAAACAAGGAAAGAAAAGUGAAAGAAAAAGGUCAACAAGUCCCUCAUAUAGGAAAGACAGGCAAAGAGAUCAUAGACGGCAAAAGGAGAGAGAAUGGGACAGAGAUACAAGAGAAAGAGACAGGGAUGAUGACAGAGAAAGAAGAGAAAAAGACAAAGAUCGGGACAGGGAUAGAAGAGAUAGAUACAGAAAUGAGGACAGAGACAGAAGAGACAGAGAGAGUGAAAAACGUAGGGACAAAACGUACAAAAAGAAAGACAAAAGCAGAGCAAAGUAUAGUGAAAGUUCAGAUGAGGAUUUUAAAGAAAGAGACAAAUUUAAACGCAGAGACAGGUCUCGGAGCAGGUAGCUGAUCAAUUAAAGAAGAAAAAGCAUACAAAUAAAAUCAAGUUGCAUAUUCACAUGCACUCUUAUCAGAUAUAUGCAUAAUUUGUGUACAUUUUUAAAUUUUGAUAAUUGUUUUCAGUGUAUCUCAAUACUUUAAAGCAAGAAAUAAAUAUUUUAAACAUU